AUGGAGGGAGAGAGCCCAGAAGGAAAUCCCAGCGCUGCCUCGUCUCAAUCACUUCCUCCCCAAGCAGAGGCAGUAAACCCAGCGGAUGAUGAUGACGAUUGUAUCUCAACAAUGGGGAUUGGGAGCUCUGAAGAGGCCGCUACACUCACAAACAGCAUGGGCCAGCCGAGUCAAGACCACCAGAGUGAAGGUGUCCAGCCUAAGACCGCUACCACAGACAACAGCCAGAGCCAAGCACUCCCUACUCAGUCCGCUGCCACCACCACGGACAACCAAGCCCAGCAACAACCCACGGAAAGCCUGUCUAACAGUAAACUUUGUGGGUACCUCCUUAAACAAGGAGGUCCCCUGAAGAGAUGGAAGUCGCGCUGGUUCACGUACGAGAAGAAGAAGAGCCAGUUGUUUUACUACAGGACGGCACUGGAUGUGACCUCUCUUGGGAGGAUCCAGCUGUGCAGCGCCACGCUCGGAUACCCCCUCCAAGGAGAGCAGGGAACCUUUCACAUCCAGACCCCCGAACGCACCUUUGUCCUCAAGGUAAGGUUUAUCGAAUAUUCAAUUCAAUGGGUAUUUCAGUCUGAACUUUGAGGUUGGCAGUUCUGCUGGUUUUCUUUAAUUAAUAGUUAAUUAAUUAAUGAUUAAUGUCAUUGGUUGGCCAGAGAGUGCCUGAUUAGAGGGGAAUCACAUUUGGGACCCUCACAUUUUCAACUUAUAUCAGCAGAGUUUGAAAUGUAGGACGUUCUGAAUGUGAGUGUUAUUAAUAUUAAGAGGAUAAAAAAAUGAGGCAGCGAAAUAGUGGUGCUCUUGUAUUUGAACACCUGUCUCAUGUUAACCCAGCUAUUUGGGUCACACAGCUGUGUAGUGUCAAUCUACAGUAUUCCUCUCAAUAAAAAAACAACAGAUCCUUUUAGUCAAAGAGCUGAAUCAUGAGAGAUGAAUAGGAAUGCAUAGUAAUACAAAAUGGAUGCAUAUCUUAUUCUGUUUCUCCUUAAAGUAGAAUAAACUGUUGUAUUGUUGUUUAUAGUGUCCAUGUUUGAUAUACAGGAAGACAAAUACACUAAUAUUCACACAUUGGCAUUGGAAUACUUUAUCUUGGUCCACAAAGGAACAUUCUGAUGAAAAAGAACUAAAACAUUUCAGAAGUCAUGCAUUACAGAGAUUCUGACUCAUGGCACACUCGUGUAUGUACUGUAGGCUAACAAUGUCUCUUCUCUGUCUGUUUCAGGCAGCUAACCAGGAGGCAAUGAUGUACUGGCUACAGCAGCUGCAGCUGAAGAGAUGGCAGAACCGAGACCAGCUGACAGGAGAAACCACAAGCCACUGCACUGGCCACCAGAGACAAGAGGGACAGGGGGAACUACCCACCUACUGCCCAGGUACAGUAAGACAGAGAGUAGGAUGA